AUGGAGAAAGAGAGGAUCCUACCGGACGUGCAAUCAGGAUUUCGGGCUGGGUACAGUGCGGCUACUGCAAUGGCACAUGUCGCUGAUGACAUUAUAUCUAACAGCGACAAUAGCAAAGGAUCAAUUCUUGUUCUUCUAGACUUCACACGGGCUUUUGACAGCAUCAAUUUGGAUCUCCUCUUAGCCAAAUUAUCAUACUACGGUGUGGAUCAGGACGCCUGCAGUUGGUUCAAGUCAUUCCUGACCAAUAGAAGACAAUUUGUCGCCUUUGACGCAGAGAGCGAGUAUUUUCGAUCGGAGGUCAAACCUGUAGAUUCAGGAGCGAUCCGUCGUUGUCAAAUAGGGGCUGCAUCAUUGAAUAGAGAUAACAGUUACAAAGGCAUAGAUAGCAGAGACCUCUGGCUUCCAUAA